UGAGCACGAGCUAACAUCAUGGCCACCCGUUCGUCGGGAAAGGAGAAGCGCCACUGGGAUGAGGCGCUUGGAGGGCCGAAGAAGGAGAAUGCCGGCACCUGCAGAACCGGUAAUCAAUAUCCUGUUCCUUUGGUCCUCACAGCUCCGGGCAGGGAGCCUCUGUCAAGUGACCCCGUGAGAAGCAGCGCGGCAGGUUCUCUGCGCUCUGUGGCCAUUUUGGCUGGUGAAGACCCAGCACCGACCUCCGAGACCUGCUUGCCUGCGGAGCACAGUUCCGCCCCCCAGGGCAGACGCAGCCCCCGCGUGUACCUUACACGUAUAGACUUGCAGAUGGGCUGCCGGUCCGAGGUGGGGCAAGCCCCGGAGGCCACUGAGCUGCCCGGUGGGCGUUCGGCUCAGAGCAACAGCCGUAGGAGCAACCGUCCUAAAACUCAGCCCCUCCGCAAGCGGGCUGCCGCAUCUCUAGAGUGCCCUCAGCCUCUUGGGGUCGCCACCAUACAGUCAUCUUCUCCGAGGUCCGAGCCCUGCACCGGCUACCAGUCUCAGGCUUCUCCGCAGAGUAGGGAAACUCAUCCAGGGCCUGCCUUCGGCAGCCAAAUCCGGAGAGGCCCCGCACUCCGCAGCGGUAGUGCCCUGACUGGUAAAGCGCCUCAGCACUCUGCUUAUGCUUUAGGCCCUGCACUCGGCAACGGUGCAUCCGCACCUGACCCUGCUCCCCGCAGUCAGGCCACCGUGCCCGGCCCUGUUCGUGGCAGUGUUUCUAAAUCUGGCCGUGAUGUCCACCGCCGCGCCACCAGGGCAGGCCUUACUUGCCGCAGCCGCGCUUCCCGGCCUGGCCUUGAUCGACGCAGGCGUGCUGCCGCGUCGGCAAGCCCUGCUCCCCAUAGCCGUGCACGCGGGUCUGGCUGUGCUUUCCGCAGCCGUGCCACUCCACGUGGUCCUGUUCGCCGCGGCCGCAGCAGCAGCGGCAGCGCAUCUGGUUCUAGCCCUGAUGGUCUCGGCCGUGCAACCAGGGCAGGCCGUGCUUUCUGCAGCCGUGCCACCCCGCCAGGCCGCGUCCUCCGCAGCAGCAGCAGCAGCAGCGCGUCCGGGCCUGGCUGUAUUGAACACGGCCUCGCCAUCUCGCCAAGCCGUGUUCGCAGCAGCAACAGCAACACAGCAUCCAGUCCUGGCCUUGUUCAGUGCACCCGCGGUACCCUGCCUGGCCCUGUUCUCCACCGCAGUGUGUCGGGUUCUGGCCCUGACGGCCACGGCCGCGCAACCAGGGCAGGUCUUGCUCUUCACAGCGGCGCCACCCUGCCAGGUCCUGUUCGCAGCAGCAGCCGCAAUGCAUCACCUCCGGGCUUUGUUGAACACAGCCACGCCACCCCGCCAGGCCCUGUUCUCUGCAGCAGUGCGUCCAGGUCUGGCCCUAAUGGCCGCGGACGUGCAACCAGGGCAGGCCUUGCCCUUCGCAGCCGCACCAGCCGGCCAGGCUCAGUUCUACGAAGCAGCGCCUCCCAGCCUGGUCUUGUUCAGCGCACCCGUGCCACCCUGCCAGGACGCGUUCACAGCACGGAAUCCGGGUCUAGCUCUGAUGGCUGCGGCCCUGCCCGCAGCCGAGUCCGCAGCCGAGCUUGCGCCCGCGCCCGCGCCCCCCAUCCCCGCCCUGCUGUCCAAAGCUCACCAAGCUGUGGUUCCAGGAGCCGCACCACACAGGGAAGGUCAGCUCUUCCCAGCCUGCGCGCUCUGCCUGUGGGUGGGAGGAAUCAUUCUGCGCAGGUCGCCUUACGAAAGCCUGUUCAGGCCGCCUCACUUUCUCUUGUUCCUGAGGCCGGAAACCCUCCCUCCCCGCCUGUUUGGCAUGCAGUCCGUAUGCGUGCCUCUUCACCCUCACCUCCUGGGAGGUAUUUUCCUUUGCAUAGGCUUGCUAGUGAGCAGAUUUCCUCUUCCGCUGAGUCUCCAGGCCAAAGCCCCUCUUCUUCCUCCCCUAAAUUUUCUGGCCAGAGUCCCUCUUCUUGUCCUAGGUUCUGUGGCCUGAGAUCUAUCCGUACUCCUAGCCCUGAUAGUCUUAGGCGUGCCUUGCUGCCUGAGCUGGACUCCCUGACUGCCACUUUAGCAGAGCAGGAGCAAGUAGAGGACCUUCCUUCUUCUCCUAUACCACCUGUAGUUUCUGAGAUGAGCAUUCUCCAAGACCCACAAAAAUGAAUCUCCAUCCACUGGAUAUGUGGUUACUUUGUGCUUACCUGUGAGGUCUCCAAUAGUUCUAGCCCUUAGCUAUUAGGAGCAGUUUUGAAGCCCCCCCCCCUCCCGGUGACCCCCCUACUGUGUGGGACAAACCUGUUGUUGGCCCUUGAUUCCAGUCCUUUCCUCAAAAGAGCCUGACCUCGUCCCUGGGUUGAGAGUUCAGUUUUCUAGGUUGCUUUUAUGUAAUGACAUAUCUUAAUAAAACUGUUGGUUUCAUUUUUUUAAAAAUGACAAAACAAAGGAGCAAAAUGCGAUUCAAACCUCCACACCACCCAGAACAAGUC